AUGGUGGCGCUCUUGACGGUCGUUUGCGGUGCCUGGAUUACUACAAUGAGGGUGGAGCGGCUUGGAUGUGGACGAUGGAUCGCAGCGGAUGGCGUCCAUCGCAUCAAGACACUGGUGCUUCUCGCCAGUACCGUACCAGAGUGGCUCGAGGCCUGGGAGUUCUACAAACACGCCGUGUUCCACUGGAAUAUCGUCCGCCGCUACCAUCCAAAGGGCGAAGGCAUCGCUAUCGAUGAUACGAUAACGCAGCUGUGGACCGACAUUGCAAAGCUGAAAGACGCCCUGCGCGCAGAAGCCGAAGAAGAAGAAGGAGGAGAAGAGGAAGAAGAAGAAGAAGGUAGCCUUGGCGACUUUGACCUUCUUAAUGACGACCAGGUGGAAGAGGAGCUUGCAGCGCAGACCGCGGCCGAGAAGAAGCAGGCUGAAUGGGACGCGGCACUCGAUGAAGCAGACAGACUUGCCUUGGGCGGCUAA